AUGUCUGGUCGAGGCAAAGGUGGCAAAGCAAAGUCGUCUGGCAAGGUUAAGUCGAGGUCAUCACGUGCUGGUCUUCAGUUUCCCGUUGGUCGUAUUCACCGAAAAUUGAGGAAGGGCAAUUAUGCGGAGCGUGUUGGUGCUGGUGCUCCGGUAUACUUGGCUGCGGUGCUCGAAUAUCUCGCUGCGGAAGUGUUGGAAUUGGCAGGCAAUGCUGCGCGCGACAAUAAGAAGACUCGGAUCAACCCGCGACACUUACAGUUGGCAGUUCGUAACGACGAAGAAUUGAACAAAUUGUUGGCCGGCGUAACCAUUUCUCAGGGUGGCGUGCUACCCAACAUCCAGGCUGUACUUCUCCCGAAGAAGACCGCAGAGAAGGCGUGUUCUGGGGUAUCUUCCAUAAUUAUUUGUGUAGUGUUGUAUUUUUCGUCUCAAUGGUUCGGCGAGAGAUUCUCUUCAAGAAUAUUUAGUACGGCAUGGCGGCUUCCGUAUGAGAACGAUAGAUGA